UAAAAACAUUUCUGAUCCCCCAACUUCUUCUUUCUCCCCCCAACCACCCAAGAUGGUUGAACUUGAUCAUCUAUAUGAUCAGUUCCUAGACUAUAACUUUCUUGUGAUCAUCUUAGCAUCAGUCUUCUCAAUAAUCUCAUUGGGCCGGGCCAUCAAAUCCUUCAAAGCCCAAACAAACCCACCACUUCCUCCAAGCCCACCAGCCCUACCAAUAAUAGGCCACCUCCAUCUCAUCGGCAAGCUCCCGCACCAUGACUUUUGCAAAGUCUCGGGCCGUUAUGGGCCCAUAGUCUACCUCCGGUUUGGCAACAAACAUUCCCUACUCGUCUCCUCAGCCGAAAUUGCCAAAGAAUGCCUCAAAACCAACGAAUCUUGCUUCUUGAACCGACCACAAAGGACCAACAUACAAUAUUUAACCUAUGGCAACUCUGACUUUGUUCUAGCUCCCUACGGACCCUUUUGGAAGUUUAUGAAGAAACUAACGGUCUCGAAGCUUUUGGGAGCUUCGAUGAUGGAGUUCUACCGUCCGAUACGAGGGGAGGAGAUAGGGUUGUUGAUAAAAAACAUGCGGAAGAUGGCGAACGACGGUGAAAAAGUCGACGUUGGAGCUCAGCUCAUGGGGCUGACGAACAAUAUCGUUUCAAGGAUGGCGUUGAAACAAAAGUGUGCCAAAAACGACGACGACGCUUAUGAGAUGAGACAUGUCAUUAAUGAGAUGUCUGAUUUGGGGGGGAAGUUGAACGUUCAGGAUUUCAUUUGGUUUUGUAAGAAGUUCGAUUUGCAAGGGUUUGGGAAGAGGCUCAAGGAGGUGAGAGAUAGGUAUGAUAGGCUGAUGGGGAAGAUAAUUGAGGAACAUGUGGAGGCCAAGAGGAAGAGAAAGGAGGAUACUAAUGAUGAGGAAGUGAAUAAGGAUAUACUUGAUAUGUUGCUCGAUGAGUAUGAAGAUGAGAAAUCGAAGAUAAAGUUGACUAAAGAAAAUAUCCGCGCUUAUAUUAUGAACAUUUUCGGAGGUGGGACUGAAACUCAAUCGGUAACAAUGGAAUGGGCAAUAUCUGAGUUAAUGACCCACCCAACAGCCAUGGGGAAAGCGAGAAAAGAAAUAGAAGAAGUGGUGGGAAACAAGAGAAUAGUAGAAGAAACGGACCUUCCAAACCUUCCAUACAUCCGAGCCAUAAUAAAGGAAACCCUAAGACUCCACCCGGGAGGAGCCUUCACAGCAAGGGAGUCAUCCAAGGAUUGUACCAUUGGUGGAUACCAUGUGCCAGCGAACACUCGUCUCUUCGUCAACACAUGGGCAAUAAACCGAGACCCGGCCCAUUGGGAUGACCCGCACCGAUUCAUACCCGAGAGGUUCAUGAUGGAAGAGAAGAAGGAUGUGGAUGUGAGAGGACAGCACUUUGAGCUGAUACCCUUUGGGAGCGGGAAGAGAGGUUGCCCCGGUGUCAAUUUGGCUCUCCUGACGAUUCCGACGACGGUGGCGGCUUUGGUCCAGUGCUUUGAUUGGAACGGCGUUGUGGAUUUGGACGAAGGCUUUGGGUUGUCGCUUCCAAAGGCUAGGCCGUUGGUUUGUUAUCCUGUGGUUAGGCUUGACCCGUUUCCUCAAGUUAUGUGAUCGAUCGAUUCUGCGUUUACAUUUUUUAUCUGAUUUGUAUGAAGUGCUUCUAAUAUAUAUGCGCAUGGUUUAUCUUGAACUAUCAAAACUCGAUCUUCAAAAAAAUAAUAAUUAUUAUGUACUUUUAAUGU